AUGGGGAACUUGUGUUCCAAAUCAUCGAAUAAACCGGACAACUUUGCCACCCCUGGUCGCACAGUUGGGUCGAGCACGCAACCUAGACAGACGUCGGCGCCCGUCCCGCAAAAGAUUACGAGUAGCACUCCCGGUCGAGCUCUUGGUGGAGGUGAUGCAACCCCGAGCGCGGACGAUGCGAGAAGCGCUGCUGCAAGAGCAGCGGAGGAGCGCGCCGCAAAAGCCAACAAGCCUGGCGGCAAACUUAGCAGUCAGCUGUCAGCGCAGAAAAAGCAGACCCAGAACCAACUGCUGAGUUCGGGUUCCGAGUCUGAGCGGCGAGCGCGAGACGCAGACCAGAGUGCAGAAGCUCGAAACUGGAAUUGA